GGAGGAUGAAGGCCGUUGUUUUCCCUUCACUUUUACGAGCCGCAAAUCGAUCGAUUUCAUCAAAUGAGAUUCUGCGUGUCGGAGAACGCGAUCCAUACACAUUCGCCGUUUUAGCUGACCCUCAACCAGGUUUAUUGGAACGCUACGUAGAAAAACGCCCGAAACCUUAUCGUUGGGACCGAGAAAUAUCUUUGACUGAACAUGCUAUUCAACUUCUGAAUCGCGUCAAACCCAAACCCAAGUUUGUUGUUGUUUGCGGCGAUCUGGUGGAUGCGAAUGCGUUUUCGGAAUACCGCGAAGCUCAGACUUUGAGUUUGUUGAAUGCGUUUAGUAAGCUGGAUCCUUCUAUCAGAUUGGUUACCGUGCCUGGAAAUCACGAUGUCGGUGAUUUUCCGACCAAGGAAACUGUUCUUGAUCACGUUCAAACUUGGGGAGAUGACUAUUAUUCAUUUCAAGUCAACCGUACAAAAUUCCUCGUGCUGAAUUCACAGUACAUGUGGAACGACACGAAGUGUAAGCCGUUCGGAGACAAGUUCAACGAGUGGUUAGAUGACCAACUGCGAAGUUUGGAACUCAGACGUGCUUCUCUUUCAAUCGUUUUCCAGCACAUCCCGUUCUUCAUCAAUGAGCCUAAUGAACCUGACGAUUAUUUCAACCUUCCAAUUCGAACACGCCUAAGUAUGCUGUCCCGAUUAUACGAUGCUGGUGCGCGGUACGUAUUUACCGGUCAUUUACACCGAAAUAUGAUGACAUUGUGGACUCCAUCCAAACAGUCGGAUCCAAAUCCUCUCCACUUGAUCACCACAUCUUCUGUUUCAGUUCCGUUGGGUCCUGAUCCGCCGGGGAUUCGUCUUGUUCAGGUGUCCGACACCGACACUGUUCAGCACACUUAUUGGCCUUUGGAUCAACUGCAGUCGCUUCUGGAUAACGGGGACCAGCCUACGUUUGAACAAUAAUUCCGUCUAACUCUGCACACUGUCCCGGUGUUUCAUUUUAUACACAACUUCAUUUAUAACUUAUUUCAACUUUUCUUCGGAAUUAUGCAGCUUAGCUCCAAUCCGUCUUUUGAUAUGCAACAUAACUGUCUGUUUCUGACCAUAUGUUGUUGUUGCAGGCGCCUUGUCCUUGAAUGUUUGCUUCUGGCGUUUAGAUUUUGCGUUAGGUGUCGCUUUUCUCACCUGCCAUUUUUCAUUCUUUAGAUCACUGUGGUUAUGCGACAGCAAAGCGUCAUUUUUGGUAACUGCUUUGUUGAUGAUGUUGCUGCUGCUGAUGAUGAUGAUGAACUUUUUAUCCAUCGGUGUAGCGACGUCGUCGGCCUCUUGGUGCUGCUUUUGCUGUAUUGUUACCAUCCAUGAUAUGUGUGGUUCAUUAACUCUCUCUUCGUUGUUACACUUGUUCUUAAAAGGAUGCUUUCCAUCCAUGGAUACAGAGGGAAUAGGCAUUUGCUUACUGCACCCAUGAGUUACUUUGGGGAGGCAGCCUCCGAAUGGGCUCCUUUAAGAGCUGCCGACUGACGAUCAAGUUGAUGAUGUGAAACAAUUGUGGUCGAUUUUUUGGUGGUUUACAGUCUUCUGGACUGGUUGUGCUGCUUCAACGCAACGGCCUUGUUCUGGGAAAAGCACUGUUUCUACAUUGUUGUUGUUGUUCUUGUAUUUUUACUGCCACUAUGUCACAACGCAACCUGAUUAGAGCUCCGCGGAACUUUUGUGGCCUGUUGGGCUAGCGUUCAGUGUAUUGCUUACGAGCUGAU